UUGCAAUAAUUCUGAAAAGGGGGAAGUGUUAUUCUGAUUUCCGAAAAGGCUAUAGUCAUAAGUUUGUAAUUCUUAUUUUUUAAGUUUGUAAUUCUGAUAUUAUUCUGAAAAGGUUGUAAUUCUGAUUUUGUAAUUUUUAUUUUAUUUUUUCGAAAUUCUGAUUUUAAUUCUGAUUUAUUUCUAUACACCUAUAAAGUUGCUUUAUUUCCGGAAAGUUUAAGUUUGUAAUUUAAGAUUUCAUUAAUUCUGAUUUCAAAAAGGUUGGAAUUCUGAUUUUAAUUCUGGAAAAGUUUUAUUUCCCAACAUUUUUACAAUUGUAAUUUUAAUUAGUCAAAAAAAUGCAAGAGACUAAAGUAGUCUUAGGAAUUGCAUGCUUAAGCUCAUUUUUGGCUGUUUUUGCUACUUUAGUAGUUAUACCCCAACUUUAUUUACAAAUUAAUGAGAUUAACGUUCGUGCAUUCCGAGUCAAUACAGAUUCUGCUUGGAAUGAAUUGAUGGACUUACAAAUAGCUACAACUCCCCUUAGCAAAGCAAAAAGUCAAAGUUUUCAGUCUCUUUUUCGCGUUAAACGUCAAUUGCCUGAUUACUGUAUAUGUCAACCUUUACAGCUUACUUCUUUUCCGUGUCCAGCGCCUCGUUAUGAAUGUCAACGUUGCCCUGCUGGACCUCCUGGACUUCCUGGAAAGCAAGGACCGCCUGGACAUGCUGGAAGGCCUGGUCCUCAUGGCCCUCCUGGCAAAAGUAGCGGUGUCGGUCCACCAGGAGCUGUUGGACCAAGAGGACCACCUGGAUCCCCAGGGAAACCUGGGGGUAUUGGUUCGCGUGGACCCCCUGGAAGAUCUGGAGUUAUUCGUUCAACGGUGCCAGGACCGAAAGGUCCGCCUGGUGCACCAGGACUGUCUGGAAAGCCAGGAUCGCCUGGACAACCCGGCAAGCACGGACCUCAAGGAACGCCUGGAGCUUUGGGACCGCCUGGUGCAAUCGGAAAACCUGGUUUUCCUGGUAAGCAAGGCCCAAGUGGGGCUCCAGGGCAACACGGAGCGGAUGCACAGUAUUGUCCUUGUCCUCCACGCUCAACUGUCGUCAAAACAAAGAAGCGUCUUUAG